AUGAAUAUCUUUAUACACUCUCCUGCUGGUGCUGUUUUCAAAUUGAUGUUCGAGCAUACUGACAUCAUUGGGAGUAUUGAGAACAGGCUCAAUUGCCAAGAUCCAAUAAUUUGUUUUCACAAUAAUAUUAUCCUCGAAAAGCACUUUUCGUUUGAUUUUUACGAUGUCAAAGAUGGAGAUCAUAUAUACACCACCAGCGAAAAUGGAAGGUCAAAUCUUAAAUUGUGCCAAAAAUUAUCCAAAUCAAUAACAAUCACCAAUCAGCAUGAUAGAUUUUCUCUAGAGAAUUCUUGUUUGAGACUUAUAGACAUGACCUUUGUUAGAGCCGAAGGUUCAUAUAGCGCAAAUCUCAAAUUAGUUAAUUGGUAUAAUAACUUGCAGAAAACAGAAACUACCUUCUACCAGACAACCCCAACAAUCUUACCAGAGAAAUCUAAGUCUCCUUGCUCUGAUCCUCUCCCUACUCUAUGGUAA